GAUGUGGAGGAGGUCUGUGUGAGACAGGGUGGGCGGCGAAGGAGCGAUGCUGCCGAUGUGCUUCGCAACCGCAUCAACAAUGAAAUGCCGGCCCCGGAUGCAUCUGUUCCUGGUGAACUUUUGGGUCGUGAAGGAGCCCAAGAGAGGCGAACAUUUCAAAAAAUUCGGAGAAUUCAGAAGAUUGCCCGUGGCACGGCUGAAAAUGAGCGGAAUGUGGAAUCAGCUAUGUUCCAAGUCAAACCUUCCAAGUUGGUUGUUCCGACCAGAGACGAACCGCUGUCGAUGUUUGAUCCGGCCACCUGGGGCAUGUCGUUUCCGGAUUUGUUUCCAUGGGGUGAUGGCUUGCCUUUUUUGAAGCGUGAAGCCAACAUGGAUGCAACAGAAGUGUUUCGAUAUUUGUUGCUUCGGGAAGAACUGCAUUACAGUGAGGGUGAUGCCUUGUUGCCAAGAUGGUCGCUUUCAGAGCUUCCAGUGAUGUACGACGUGCAGCGUCGAUUGCAGUUGAUGCGUGCGACGAAAGCGCAUGUGAUGCGUCGUGGCUUUGGCAAACAUUGUCGUGUUAUUUCUGAAGUCAACACGGACCAAUUGCUCAAGGCAAUGGCAUUGCAUGGAGACAAUGCGGACCUCGGGGAGUUGCUGCGAGAUCCGCAGGUGGAUGUGGCCUUGAAGCGAGCAUUGGGAGGAGUGCUUCAGGCAACUUCGAGCAUCAUUGGCAUGGAAGGGCACCGCAGCCAGAUCCGGUUGCGUGGACAUGCGGCUGGGUGGCAUUAUGGUUCUGCGCAUCUGUUCAUCACUCCCAACAUCGCAGAUAUGCGCUCGUCCUUGCUACUUCAAUUGCACCUGCAGAAUGUCAAAGUGGAAGAGUGCAAAAUUGAUUUGGACUGGGAGGCGGAGAUGCCCGAAUUGCCCAGCGCAGCUGCUAUGCGACGGAUUGUCGCGAGCGAUCCCGUCGCUCAAGCGCGUUGCUUUGCCUUGAUGAUGGAUUUGUUCUGUGAGGAAGGGUUGGGCAUUCUUCCACCUUUGACCAAGGGAAGUUUUCGGGUUGGCGUGGCAGCAACCUUCGAAGAUGGCAUUGCGAGUUCCCUGCAAGGAGGUGUUUUCGGUGAUAUUGUGGCGUUGAACGGCCCGUUGGAGACUCAGGGUCGUGGUUCUUUGCACCCCCACAUGCUUAUUAUCUUGCUGGGACACGACCUGGGAGAUCGCUUGCGGAAACUGAUUCAUCGGGUGCAGCAUGGUGAGUUGGUCGUUGAGUUGCAGCGGUGGAGUCGUCGUGUUUUGGAGGCUGUGCAGCGUUUUCAGUAUGAUUCUCAAUUGGCCUUGUCGGAGCAGUUGAGCAGUCCGACACAGCCACUGCCUCUGAAUGAACGUCAGCGAUCAGAAUGUGGUCACCAGUAUGAAUCCGCGCCUUUGGUGCCUACGGAGCCGGAUGGACACGAAUUGGAAGCCUUGAAGUUGGGCGGAUCCGUGGCUGGCAAGGUUUUGACAUUGACCGGAUGCUAUGCUUCUUUGCGACCCAAGUAUCUGCGACGCAGUGAACGUUCUGCGGGAGAUGGUCUUGAGUGGAAGAAAAAAUUCUGUGAGGAUUACAGACGUUUGGUGAUCCAGAAAGCCGUGAAAGGCAAAUGUGGGUGUCGCUUUGGUUGCUUUCACGUUGAAAUGAUUCUGGGCAAGGAGGACAAGCCGAAAGUGUUAUGUCGGAAAGGUUGGCCUCGAGUUGCGAAAGCAGGUUUUUCUCGGUUGCAAUAUGAGACAGUAGAUUUGAAGGAGGUUGAAGAGUUCAAAAACGAAAACCCGCAUGUGUUUCAAGCUCGGCGUGAUCACCCUUUUGAAGGGAUGUCGAACCCGGUGGCGCAAGCAGUGAUGCGAUGCAAUGUGGAUGUCAAGUACAUUGGACGCAAUUUUUCAGAAGCAGACCUUUUGAAGUUUUGUGAUGGGAGCAUAGACCAGGAGCCUGGAGUCGAAGUUCCUCCUGCUUCUGCAUCUUCUCUGUUGGAACUGUCCGGGAGUGGAUUGCAGGAGAUGGAACUUCAACGCCCGGCGCUUGGUUCGUCUUCGGAUGCUAUAUCGGGUGCUGAUGCCUCACAUGCAGAGCAACCUGUGUCGACUGAGUUGGAUGCUUCGGAUCCGCCGCCGAAGAAGCAAUGCAUGGGUCGUGUUUUGGACACGGAGCAUAAGAAGAUGCAGACGAUGAGAAAGGCGCUUGAUCGCAUUCUGGUGGACCUUGCAAGAGAUAUGAUGAAUGUUGGUUUUUACACUGGUGAGUAUGCUGCGAAGAAGUUUGAAAUUUCGCGGAGUAUGUUACCUGAAUUGUAUGCAGGACUGCUCACUUUGGGGCGGUCGAAACGGAAACUUUUGACGGCAUUUUUUCUUACCGACUUCGUGUUGCAGUAUUUUGUGCAAAUGUCCUUAGUAAAGUAA